CCCGUGUUAGACAGUUUUAUGCUUGUAAAAUAAACACAUUUAUAAAUGAAAAAUAUUAUUCUUGGUGAAUAAAAAACAAUUAUACGUUUAUUCUUGAAUGUUUUCAAUCGGUAUGUUUUGUGCAACGAUCAUAGAAAUAUAAUUUAUAGGUUGGCCAUUGGUUGGAUAGUUUUAUAAACAAUAGAAAGUUUCAACAAAGAAUAUAGAAAGUAUAUAGAAGCCUUGAUAGGUUAGAAUUAUUCUUUGAUACUGUAGCGACAACUCGUGGCAGCCCAUCAAAACCUUUUCGAUCGGUGUUAUAACCUAACCUCACUCUUUAAGAGUUCGUCUGCUUAAAAGUGGCUUUACCAAAUUGAUGAAAAAAUUAAGGAAAAGUUGUAGAAUAUGGAAAUAAUGUUUAGUGUUUGGUUUAGUUAAAAAUAAAACGAUGUAUUAAAAAUUUGAACUGAUUUUUCGUGAUAUAAAACAAAGUAGUAAAUUUAGAAUAACCUACAUUCUACCUUGUGGAAUUCGUUUGUCUAAUUCUGUUUAUGUGUUACCUUGUAUUCUUUAUUUAUAACACGUGUUUACCUUUCUUUUUUAAUUAAAUAAGAAAAAUGAUGGAACAAUUGCAAACAGCUUUAACAGCAAUUAAAGUAUUACGAUCUAGUGUUGGAGAAGUUUUUGAUUCUCUCGCAAAUGGUUUACGAGCUGAUCAUGGAGAAGAAAAUAAAGAAUCCAAAUAUUUGUUAGAAUUGCAAGAAUUAUUGACAACAGUUAACGUAAAUUUAAGGGAUGUAGAACAAGCAGUUAGUAGUUUGAAUCCACCACCUGGUCCAUUUAAUUUGGCUAGUACGACUUAUCUUAGUCAGGAAACGACACAGGAAAGACAAGCACUCUAUGGUUCUCUUGUUAAUAGUUAUAAAUGGACGGAUAAAGUUCAUGAGUAUAGUAAUGCUGCUCAAACGUUAUUAAAUCAAAAUUCGUUAAAGAGAUCUUAUACAAAUACAAGUAGAGCGAAAAGAGGUAGAGUUCAAACUAGUAAUCACAAUGUACCUCCUCAGCAAGUGGAUUCCAUGAUAGCAACUUUUGAUCGAUUAUUUAACGAUAUGACUGUAUCUGUAUCCCGACCAUUUGCAUCAAAUGCAGUAUUACACGUUACGUUAGGACACGUUCUAAAAGCAGUAAUUGCUUUUAAAGGUGUUAUGAUUGAAUGGGUUGUUGUAAAAGGUUAUGGAGAAAGAAUGGAUUUGUGGACAGAAUCGAGGCAUAAAGUUUUUAGAAAAGUAACAGAAAAUGCUCAUGCAGCAAUGUUACAUUUUUAUUCGCCUGCACUUCCUGAAUUAGCUGUACGAUCAUUUAUGACAUGGUUUCAUAGUUUAAUCAAUUUAUUCAGUGAACCAUGCAAACGUUGUGGAUUACAUCUACACAGUGCUUUACCUCCAACGUGGAGAGAUUUCCGUACUUUAGAACCAUAUCAUCAGGAAUGUAAACCAUAAUAAUGAAUGAUGUCAAGGUCCGUUGAUACACUAUAGUGUUGCACAUUGAAGAAGUAAUUAAUUAAUUCUACAUUAUUGUAAAAGUUCAUAUAUUUAAAUAUAUUUAUUAAUAAAAUUAGAGAAUAUCGUGUUGUGU